UUCACUUCAGCCAACAUAAAAAGACAGUCACUUGGAUUUAGUCUGUAUUAGGAUGCAGCUUCUGAGAGAGAUCUGACUUUGCAACCUCUGAUCAGAAGGACUUGCAAGAACAACAAUUCAUAUAGAUAACCAGAUUGAGAAAUUCAAAAGGAAACAUAUGAAGAAAAUGGGUCUCAUUUAUGUGCCGCUGAUUUUAAUGAUGAUUUUUGGAGCCAUGUCACAAGAAACAGUUUAUGUCACUGGUGUCCAAGGUGAAGAUGUCAUUCUGCCUUGCCUCUGUGGGGAAGGAGAGCUAAAAGUGCUUAAGUGGCAAAUUGAGAAUCCGACGACACCGAUAUACACAAUGGAACAACCUGAGCAAAACGCUCUAACCAGAGUUGAAACCUAUUGGAGAAAGAACAGCAGUGACUGCUCUCUCGGUCUGAAGAGUAUCACAGAGGCUGACAGCAACACCUACAGAUGCAGUUUUACAAAAAACGUUUACACGUUUAAGCUGAUAAACCUGCAAGUCAUCCCACCACCACCUACAACAGUUCGUCCAGAAGUGGUCACUUCAGAAAGAUCAACAGACUUUCAUCUUGGAAAAUCCGUUUCUAAGGAAGAAAAAAAAGGUUUAUCUUUCAGGAAGACUUAUUUGAUCAUUCCAAUAGUUGCUAUUCUUCUCAUCGUGGGUUGCCUUUGCAUUGCUUAUCUGAAACGAAGAGGAAACUGGAAAGUGCUGACCCAAAAGGUGACAGAUUUGUCCGAGGUUAUGACAGCGCCAACAUGUCCUGAAACCCACACAUGCCGUCUGGUCUAAAGGAAGUUGAAUGACCGGUUCACCAUAAAUCAUUAUAAACCUAAUCAGAAACAAAUUUACUCUGACCUUCCAGUAAUAAUAAGUCCAACAACCGAUAAGGUGGAUCAUGCCGGUAACCUAAACAUAACGCCUGGUUCUGAUAGGAAGCCCCCUCAAAUAAGUUAAAUAUUAUUUGAACCUGAACUCAAAUCCAGUCACACUGUCUGAAGACAGGAGUGAUAAGAAUGCUUGCAGCCGCCUCCAGUUGGACUUUGUACUCUGCUGCAGAGCAGAUAAGGAUCAAGAACAGGACAGACCACUUCUCUUGCACUGAGCCUGAUCUGACCUAUUAUUAUUAGGAUGUGUCUUAAGAAGCGCCAUCAAAAUACUGCCGAUGUGUAAACUGUUUUAUAAUCUGUCUGCCAGCAUCCUACACUUUAUUACAAAAACGUAUCAGUCUCUUUGGGUGGCACCCAAAACGUGUUAGAUUUUUAGUGUUUUUGAAUUCUCGUGGGAACAAUCUGAGGAAAAUUAGUAAACUUUUAAAAACCACCAGACAGAAUGUGCAACUCUAAGGAUUAUGACAUGGAACUGAGCUGUUACAGUAAUGUUUACUUUAACCAAAUUUAAAGUAAACAUUGUAAUUAAAAUGUAUAUAAUCGAGAGGGAUGCAAGACAUAUAUAUUUCCAUUUCGUCAGAAAUAUCACUUUUUCCAGUGACUUCAUUUCUAUCUGUAUAUAUUUGUAAAUAUGUAACAAAUAUUUUUAGGCAUCAUGAAGAUAUUGGGUGAUUAAUAUUUCUUUCCACAGAUGUAAUCAUAUUUAGUGCCAUAUCUUUGUUCUUUGUUAAUGGAAAAUAAUAUUUAUUUCUGUCUACACUUUCUUAACCUAUAUUAGGUGGUUGUACAUAAUAUAUUGUUUGUUUUUCCUUUCAGUUGAAAGUAUAUAACUUUUGUAAGACAUUCAAGAGGUUUGAUAUCUUUUAUGAGUCCCCACUGCCAAAGAAAAUCAUUUUGAUCUUUAAUAUUUUCAAAGAGGAUUUUGAACAAUAGGAGCUGGACUCCAAUAAAACUGCACUGAGAAAAUAAGAUACUAAAAUGUUUCCUCUUGUGAGCUUCAUCAGGGUCAACCAAUAUAAACUGCUGAUUCAAGCUAUGGAGGGGCUUUUUAAAGGAAGUAGACAAAAUGUGAAUUAAAGGUCAGAGUAAAAAAAAAAGUAUUUAAAGGAAAAGCUCACGAUGACUCUUCCUCCUCAGAAACAAAGAAAAUGACCUUUUGUCCUUCCCUGGAAUACCUUCUACCAAUUGUCUUUUGUUUUUGCUUUCCUAUUUUCAAGUUAAUGUUCAAAUGGAUGUAACUGAGAAAAGGUGCUAAAUAAGAUCUCGUUAAAUCAAAUGUAACAAUGUUCAGUUCACCGAGGAGAUGCAGCAAGCAGCUAAAGAAACGUACUGUGAUUCCCUCCUCCUUCAAUGUGGUCAGACUGUCUAUUGUACACUUCCUUUUUAUAUUGGGAUUUGAAACACUGAUGUACAAAGUGUAUUUAGAAGCAUUUUUUUUAUUAAAACAUAAUAGAAAAAU